CAGCCUUUGCCACACUCAAGAUGGCGAUAUCUCUAUUCCUCCUCCUUCGAAUUCGUACGUGAUGCGUCAGUCGUGCGUAAGGUUGUGUUGACAGGAGCGGUAGGAGUUGUCAGCGGAACAGCAGCAGCCAGCAUCAUCGGAGCCGAAUGGAGUAAUUACAAAGAUAUUGUUACAGACAGCGUCUCUGUUGUUAUUUAGAAACAUUGAUUACACCGUUCAAACAACGACACCAUGGCAGACGACCAGUCUUCUCAAUCCUGGUCAAUCGACAGGGAUGACUAUGAACUCAAUGAGGUGAUAGGGAGCGGAGCCACUGCAGUUGUCCAGGCAGCGUACUGCAAGCCGAGAAAGGAGAAGGUGGCCAUCAAACGCAUCAACCUGGAAAAGUGUCAAACGAGCAUGGAUGAGCUCCUGAAAGAGAUCCAGGCUAUGAGCCAGUGCCACCACCCGAACAUCGUGUCUUAUUAUACCUCCUUUGUGGUGAAGGAUGAACUGUGGCUGGUGAUGAAGCUGCUCAGUGGUGGCUCAGUGUUGGACAUCAUCAAGCACAUCAUCUCUCGUGGCGAGCACAAGACCGGAGUGUUGGACGAGGCUAGCAUCGCCACCAUCCUGAAAGAAGUCUUGGAGGGGCUGGAGUACCUUCACAAAAACGGGCAGAUUCAUCGGGAUCUAAAAGCUGGAAAUAUUCUUCUUGGGGACGAUGGCUCGGUGCAAAUUGCCGACUUUGGUGUGAGUGCCUUUCUAGCAGCGGGAGGAGACAUGACUAGGAACAAGGUUCGGAAGACAUUUGUGGGGACGCCGUGCUGGAUGGCGCCUGAGGUUAUGGAGCAGGUCCGUGGCUAUGACUUCAAAGCCGACAUUUGGGGUUUCGGGAUAACAGCCAUUGAACUGGCCACUGGGGCUGCACCAUAUCACAAAUACCCACCAAUGAAGGUGCUGAUGCUGACUUUGCAGAAUGACCCACCCUGUCUGGAGACGGGCAUCACAGACAAGGACAUGGUGAAGAAGUAUGGCAAGUCCUUCAGGAAGAUGCUCUCCCUGUGUUUACAGAAAGAUCCAGAAAAAAGGCCAACUGCAGCCGAGUUGCUGAAGCAUAAAUUCUUCACAAAAGCCAAAAACAACGAGUAUUUGCAGGAGAGGCUUCUAUACAAAGGUCCAACAAUAACGGAGCGAUCCAAAAAGGUGCGUCGUGUACCCGGCUCGAGUGGCCGCCUCCACAAGACGGAGGACGGCGGUUGGGAGUGGAGCGACGAUGAGCUGGACGAGGAGAGCGAGGAGGGCAAAGCUGCUGUGGCAGCUCUGCGGUCCCCCAGAGUGAAGGACGGCUCCGAGAACAUGGAGCUUUUCCCACCAGCUGGCUCCUCACAUCUGCAGCCACCCGGUGCUGCACGUGAAAGCCCUGCGACUGUGGGCCAGACAGGAGAGGAUGCUCCACCACAGGCUCCCACUCAAACAGCCAGCCCUUCACAUGCACCCACUGUUCAGGAUCCAGCUGCAGCCAAUGCCAGUGUUCCCAUCAGCCUCGUGCUGAGACUGAGGAACCCCAAGAAGGAACUCAACGACAUCCGAUUUGAGUUCAUGUCCGGCAGAGAUUCUGCUGAUGGAGUUUCUCAGGAGUUAGUCUCAGCAGGUCUGGUUGAUGGGAGGGACUUGGUCAUUGUCGCUGCCAAUCUGCAGAAGAUUGUUGAUGAUCCUCAUAGUAACAAAAAUGUGACUUUUAAAUUGGCAUCUGGUGUGGAGGAGUCUGAAAUUCCUGAUGAUAUUAAACUCAUUGGAUUUGCGCAGCUCAGCAUCAGUUAAGUCAGGUAGAGCCAUCAACAGAGGACAGAACUAAUGGUAUUGCACAGCUGCAUUGUAGUCAAUUCCAAGAAACCACAGCUGCCAAAGAGAGGAGGAGGAGACGGGAAGCUGGCAGGAGUGUGACGCUACUGCAGGAUGCAUGAGGACCACAUUGAGAAGGCUCAGUUCAUUACAGGAAUCACACUUGAAAAGUUUACAGUGCGCUUAUACAGUAAAUGGGAGAAGAGAUGCAAUCAACUAUAUCAACUCCUAAUUUCUUUUCUUUCUUCCUCUUCAUACAUAAGCACAAUCCAAACCAUCUCCUGCCAGUACUGGAAGUGAUUGCCUUUUUUUUUUUUUUUUUUUUUUUUUUAAAUCAACUGUGCCACAAAACUCACAAGAGUGUCGUGCCACCUUUAUAUGGCACUUUAUGCUACACUGAAAUUGAAAAGUGUUAAGCCUUAGUUAAACUAUAGAUUUAACCAGUGUGUUCGGUGAAAACUCGAGUCUAUCUGUGAUUAUUAGGUGUAUUUAAUGUACGCCUAUUUAAGAAAUGUUAGAAAUCUCCAGUAACACUGAUACAAAUAACUUAGAAACACACUGUAGCAUAGUUUUAGUUUUGUAAUUCUGUAAAUUCAGAUGGAUUUGUAUGUAGGAUAUAAGAAAAUUAUCGGAUUCCUCCUGUAUAAGGCAGCCCAAGGUGUGUGGGGUGUGGUGGUUUUGUCAAAACAUAACCAAAGAGUUUAGGCUCUGACUGCACAGCUGAAACCACUCAAAUAUACACAAAUCAACUAACUGCUCUGUCCCAUAACUGCAGUUACAACACUUUGUCAGAUGGCGUAUUCAAAGACAGGAUUAUUUUCACAGAUUGAGAUCUGCCUAACAUUCUUGUACUAUGCAAUAUGUGUUUUCUUUUUACCGUGUGUGAUCAUUGGUUGCUAAUAUUUCUCUUUGGUUGAAUAAAUCCACUUUUUGUGCUUGUUCCUCACUAGGAGUUCAUGAAGUCAACCAGCCAAACAGGCAGUUUUAGGAAUCUGCAGUGAGAAUUUAAGUGAAUUGCAUUUUUCUUUGUCCUUGUGUAGAGGGGUCAUUUAGCCUGUUUACAAUUACUGAUCUUACAGCUGGCAAGAAUCCUGAAUGCUGGCACUGUGUGUCGAGUCUGGAGCUGCUCGUGUUACAGGCUGUCUGACAAUGAACUUCUGUGAAGGUGUGCAGUGCAUGCCCAAAAACUGAAAAUGUUCAACCACAGUGGAAUAAAGUUUAAACGGGCUGUUCACCCAAAUUGCAACACCCUGUUAAAAUGGAGGUGAAUGGAAUGUUGAUCGUAGCCAUGCUAGCGGCCAGACCGAAAUAACUUUUUACUUCUUAUUUAAAAAGUUAAACUAUUGGAUGGAUUGACAUGCAAUUUGCAACCUCUAUUAAAUAGCCCUAAGGAUGAAUUCUACUAACUUUAGUGGUUUAGAGUUUUCCUUUAGCGCCACCAGCAGGUCAAAAUUUCAAUUUGGCUUCUGAUCAGAUACCUACAAAACUUACACCAUUUUCAUUGGCCUCAGCUGAACUUUGUGUUUACUGCUAAUUAGCCAAUGUUAGCAUACUAACACACUAAACUAAGAUUGUGAACAUUUUACCUGCUAAACAUCAGCAUGUUGUCAUUGUGAACAUUAGCAUGUUGAGCAUUAGCCUUUAGUUCAAUGGUACAGCCUCACAGAGCUGCUAAGCACGGCUUUAGACUUUUGUUGAAGACUGUGAGCACCACAGACUAAAUUCCAUUUCCCUGCAUUGUUUUGAGGGGCAGCAGGAAUCUUGAGAUGGAUCUCUCAAAACCUCAACAAAUAAAA